CUACCAGUCUGCCUGUCUCGCGUCUCGCGUAUAUUUGGGUGCGCUUCGGCAGCCCCACACGACAGUUGUGCUUCGAACGCUUCGUAGUGAAGAUCGUGCUCGAUCGGUGCGCGCCCUACACCGCGAGAAAUAAAUCACUUGGAAAACACCCAAAACAAACACACAUUGGCAGAGGGAAAGGAAAACCUCUCUUAUUAUUACUAUUUUGACGAGACGACAAACUUCGCGUGUAAAUUAGCAAGCGUUCGCAAGAAACAAGAAACAAGAAACAGAAACAAGAAACAAUUUUCAACCAAAAAACACGCACCAAACAAAAACGGUUUUUUGUCGGGGAAAUACAACAGAAAUUGGCUGCAAAAAAUAAUUUGUGAAUAAAAAAAGUUAACCAGAAAACGUUAAAAGCGAGUGAAAUUUGUGUCAUAAGCAAAGGCAAACACACAAAAAAGCGCAAAGCACGAAACCAAAACAGAAACAGCAACAAAAAAAUAUAAAGAUCGAACAAAAUAAAUUCGAAAUCAGACAGACAGACAGAGUGACUGUCGAACUGUAAAGUGAUGUGCGUGGAAGCAACAGUUAGGGGAAGUCCAACAUAGAAAUAGCCUGAAGAAUGGCCAUAGAUUUCCUCAUUUUGGCCCUGCUGCUCGUCUCGUUCCUCAUCAACCUGCUGGCGCUGUGCGCGUUCUGGAUCACGCCCGGACUCCGCACCACAGCCAAUCGCUUCACCAUCAAUCUGCUGGCCAUCAACCUGAUCGGCUGCUGCAUUCUCGCACCCACCCUGUUCCUGGGCGGCGUUCGGAGCCUCAACGAGAGUCAGUCGGGCGCGUCGGUGGCGGCGGCGGAGAGCAUUGAGUUCUACUCGAAGCCGGGCAACCACCAGGUGACCAUUCGACGCCAUGGCCAGGUGGUCGAGCAGGACGGCAUUGUGGUGCGGCGCAACAUCAGCGACGGCGACACCAUCGAGACCAUCUUCAAGUGCAACGCCACCUACUGCCGCGAGCUGACCAUCGACGAGCGCGGAGAUGGCGGCAUCGUCAUCACGGAGACGGAGACCCACGAGGAUAAUCUCAGCGCCUUUGCCAGCACCCCCAGUCCGGCGCCCACCCCCACGUUUGCUCUGCCACCUGUGGAGAUGCGCUGCUGGUCCAUAGACAUGACGGCAGCCUUGGGCGCCCUCGCGGUGCUCCUCGUGGUCGGGGAUACCUGGUGCGCCGUCACCGACCCCCUGCGCUACCACAGCCGCAUUUCGGGCGUCAAGACGUGGGUGUUUAUCGCCCUCACCUGGCUCGUGGGCAUCCUCUUUGGCGCCCUCUCGGCCUUCCGUGUGCUCGACUUUGAGGCGGACACCCUGCUGAGCAGGCAGCGGCGUCUCGCGGCCACCUUCUUCAACAUCAGCAGCACGAACAGCAUCUUCGGCGUGGUCUACGCCUGCGUGUACUUCAUCGUGAUCAUUCUGCUGCCCUUUGGCUUCGUGUGCGGCAUGUACUGGCGCAUCUUCAGCGAGGCACGGGGCAACGGACUGCGCAUGCGGCAGAACGGAUCCUCGCCGCUGCUGCAGAGCGCGCUCAACCUCACGGGCGCCCACCAGGCGGCCCAGGCCAGCCAGUAUGCCAACAGCCUGUGCGUUCAUCGGCAUUCCAUCUCCUCGGCCAGCUCCCAUGGCGGCUGCAGCGGCGGCGGCGGCAGCUCCAGCUUGGGCGGUGGCCUGCAGAUGCAAAUCGAUCAGCGCCAGCAGCGCAGCUCGCCCAGCUGCCUGCGUCGCGACUCCGCGGCCAAGGUGCUCCUGCCCACCAUCUCCGAUGACGGCGGCUCAGACGCGGAUGCGGACAGCAACGUGGGCAUGCAGCUGAUGCCCGUGCCGGAGCAGACUCUGGCGGAUCGUAAUCAGAACAUUCUGCUGACCCUGCAAACGGCCAGCGGGGAGAUCAAGCGCAACUAUUCGGCCAGGCAGCUGCCGCUGCUGGGCACCUCGUCGCAGGAUCUGCGCGAGACGAACCGCCUGCAGGGCAUCCGCCAGGUGCACAGCUCCCCGAAUCUGCACAAGUACACGGAGCUGCGGCAGGACUCGCUGAGCGACGAGUGCGGCUCGCCGCAUCUGCUGGGCCAUGCACAGCUGCAGCAGCAGCAGUCCAUCCAGCAGCAUCACCAGCAGCAGCAGCAGCAGAACCUCCAGCAUCAGCAGCAGCAGCAGCAUCACCAUCCGCACUUUAGUUCGCCGCGACACCAGCAGCUGCAGCAUCAGCACCAGCUGCACGGCAGCCUGGGCGGACCCUCGGGCCACGCCCUGCAGAUACCCGCCAUCCACGCCUCCCCCAAGGCCCUCAGCUACAUGAGCUCGCUGCGCCAUCGCCUGAGCAACGCCAGCUCGCUGUUCAAGUACCGCGAGGAGUCGCGUGCCGCACGCAUCAGCAUCCUGGUGGUCAUCAUGUUCGUCGUCUCCUAUCUGCCCUUCGGGCUGCUGGUGCUGCUGCAGGCGCGCCUCUCGGCGGCCAACUUUGGCGGCUCCUCGCAGCUGUGCAUCUUCAUGAUCCUGCUGGCCAAUCUCAGCUCCCCCUUCAUCUUUGCCUACCGCAACAAGCGGGUGCGUCGUGGCGUCAAGCGGCUGUUCGGCCUGGAGUCCUCGAGCUCGCUGCAGCGCCACUGCAGCAGCAGCAUCAAGACGAACGGCACUGGCGGUGGCGGUGCCGGUGGCGGCAUCGUGGCCGGACCCAAUGCCGCACAGUUGCAGCGCAACAGCAGCAAACUGUCGCAGUACAGUAGCAACAGCUGUCGCUACCUGACGCCACAGAGCUCGCUGGUGAGUCAGUGCCAGCCCGCGGCGGUGCACACAACGCUGACGCUGCGACCCAACAGCAGCUGCAGCACCAUCAUCAACUUUGGGGCAACCACCAGAGGAUCGGCAGAGUCGGAGGAUCUGCCAUCGCCCCCGGCAGCCGUCCCAACCCCAGCCCCACCCCCACCACCUCCAUCGCAGACGCGGCACAUGCGGCCCAAGCUGCAGCGCGGCAUCACCAUUGUGGAGCACAUUUCGUUCAGUCCGCCGACGCCGCGCAAGUACCAGGCGCGUCGUGGCCGCCUCUUCGAGAUGUUCUUUCGCGGCUCCAAGAAGCUGCAGUCCAACUGCGGCAUACCCACAGAGGUCUAGGAGCUCGCAGACUCGCUUUUGCUGAAGAAUUCUAACACAGUAUUCGUAAUUUGUAAGUUACCAACUAGCAAAGACAAACGUGAGUUUUGACUUUGAAUUUUUAAGCCGAACAAAAUGCUGUCCUCAGAAGCUUCUCAUGCCAAAAAAAAAGAUUAUACAUACACGAGUGCUUGUCAAACUGUCUAAACAGUUUGAAGUGCACACAAAAGUACCUUUUAGAGAAAAGUUGAACAAACAAAACAAAUAGCAAGUCAAAUUAUAAUUGAAAACAAAAAAGGCCACAAAUAUUCGUCUAAGAAAUAUCAAACUGUAAACUGGAACCAAGCCAAGUCGGGGAUGGAUCCGCCAUGGAUCGUAUAGGAAUCGAUGUACCUAAGCAACAAAGCAUAUGAACAUUUAAUGUUUUUACUCAAGCAACAAAAAGCCACAAAUCGAGACAACAAUCGAGCAAAAAACAGAAAAACAAACAAACAAAAAACCACAAAGACAGCACAGAAUUAUAACCAGAGUCAGCUAAUUUAUUAUUUAUUAACUUUAUAGUACUGUUACCACUAUUAUUAUUAUUAUUAUUAGUAGUAGUAGUAGAGAGAUCGAUCUGUGUAAAUAUUUAUUAGACAACAACAAACAAAAUCCGAACACGAAAAGCUUUAACUCCAAAACAUUCUGGCUAAGAGAGACGCGAAACGAGAAACGCUAAAACAUUCAAUUGUAAGUUAAUUAAGUCAAUGUGCAAAGCAUAUGUAUAUGUAUGUGUAUUCUAGAGCCAUGCGAGCCAUAAGCGUAGAGUAGUUCUUACAACCGAGCACCUAGUGCCGAGCAGUGCUUUUCCAACUGUCGUCCUGCGGCGCGACCCUUGCAUGGCCGCAGUUUUCAUAUUGAAAGCGCGUCAGUCAAUGCAACGGUCGCGCCUCCGGCAACAGUCACACAUCAACUAGGCAAAGAGACAGUCCAACCAGUCGGCCAGUCAGUCAGUAACUUUAUUUUAGAGCUGGGUCCAUUAAGGCCAAUUUUCUUUGUGUAGAACUCAUGGCAUUGCGUGCAGCUAAAUACCUCAUUAGUUUUAAUUUCCAGAUGAGAAAUGGACGCGCGGCUUUGGCGAGUAGGUCAGAAGUCAGAGCCAUGGUGGUGGUUCAUGUAUUAAACAUACUUGGCUCUGCAGUGCUCUCACUCCCCACUAAUGGCCCUGGCAUUACUCUCUCUCCCUCGCGCUGGGUCGCUGCUCCAGGCCAGAAAGCUUUAUAUCCUAAGUUUGCGUUUAGACCGGCUUUGAUUUUCCGCUGCACAACUGACACACACA